UAGUACAUGGUUGAUCACUAGAACUUUUUGGUUGACAUGGUUUCUCACUCUGUCGCUGUUACUCAACAUAACGUCACGUCAAAAUAAAAAAAAACAGGAAGUUCGAAAUUGUGCCUUUUCAAAUUCUUGGUAAUUUGGAAGUGGUUCAUUCUGCAACUGGGUUUCUUUGUUCACUGUAUAAUGUUUUGCUUCAAAUUUUGGGGUUAUCUGUUCGCACGAUGUUUUUUUUUCUCUGCUAAAAAUCAUACCUUUGUGAAUGUGAAUAGUUGCAGUGUUGUUGCAAUGUCCGAGGAGGAGAAAGAUGCUUUCUAUGUUGUAAAGAAAGGGGACGUUGUUGGCAUUUACAAGUCUUUGAGUGACAUCCAACAGUUACUUACGUCUUCUGUAUCUAGUGACUCUCUAAGUAUUUACAAAGGGUAUUCUUUACCUCAGGAAACUGAGGAAUACCUUGCUGCACAUGGGCUUAAGGGAGCCCCGUAUUCUAUUAGUGCUGCUGAUGUGAAUGAGGGGCUAUUUGGAAGCCUUCUUGCUUGUCCUUAUCAGGAUCCAUAUUCUGCUGGAGGAAGAACUUUUGACAUGAGUUCCUCAUCAAGGAACUUGCGAGGAGCUAUUCAGCCUGACACUGGCAAGCUAGCUGGAUCAUCUUCAUUCCGAACAAAUUCACAGUCAGAUCAUGCACUAGGUGGAUCCCAAGCAAAGUUGUCUACUUCUCUUUCGUGCACCCUUCAUUUUGAUGGUGCUUCCAAAGGAAAUCCUGGACCAGCUGGUGCAGGAGCUGUACUGCGUGAUGGGAACAAGGUCUAUCGAUUGCGUGAAGGAGUGGGAACUCAAACAAAUAAUGUUGCUGAAUAUCGAAGUUUAAUACUAGGAUUGAAAUGUGCCCUUAAGAAAGGAUAUAAGCACAUUGUUGUCCAAGGAGACUCUCUUCUUGUCUGCAACCAGAUUCAAGGUUUAUGGAAAAUCAAACACCCGAAUAUGGCUUCCUUGUGCAGUGAGGCCAAGGAGUUGAAGAAUAAGUUUCUUUCAUUCAAGAUCAGUCAUGUUCUUAGGGAAUAUAACUCUGAAGCUGAUGCUCAAGCAAACCAGGCCAUAAAUCUCAAAGCUGGUGAAGUUCAAGAAGAUUGCCAAUUGCUUUAAUUGCGUUCUAGCUGUUGGUGACCUUUUUCUGUACAGAGGCAAUGUCUUAGGUACAGUGGACUUGGGAAACUGCAUGCCACUGAUGAAGUACUGUUGGAAAUUUUGUUGGUCAAUGUGCUAUGACAUGAUUCAGCUUCUGUUUGUUUUUUAAGAUGGAUUUGAGAAACUGGAUUUGUGUGAAUUUUAAAGGAAAAGAGAAGUGAAUGUGAAAUUGCUUAAGAUGGUGUUGCCUCAUAUAAUGUAAUAAAGUCUUGUAAGUAAA